GGAGUGGGGAGGAGGAGGCGAGGGAGGAGGAGGAGAACAGCGAGAAGGCGAGAGGAGUCGAGGAGGAGGAGAAGAGGAACGAGAGAGACGCGGAGAGGAGCGACGGAGCGAGGAGUGAGAGGAUUGGGCGCAGGGGCCGAGCCCGCGGACUCGCGGGGCCCGGGGCGACGCGGGGCGCAGCGGCGGCGGCGACGCCUUUCCAUGGGGCAUGGGAGCAGCUGCUACUGGCGCUGCAGACGCAGCGGGGCCACACGGACGGGCAUGCCGUGCCCUCUCCCUCGGCUGCGGGACGCCUCCUCACUCACCUGCCAGAUGUUGAAAAAUCAGCUGAAGACUUAAUGGCUUCCAUUCAGUGAGAUCUGCACUGCCAAUGACGCUCCCAAAAUGAGUCUAAGGAAACGUCUGCUGAGCUGCAUCGAGUCUCACGAUUCAAGCAAGGUGCCAAGAAUGGAGGGGCAUCCCAAUGUAGCAGCGUACUACACAGCAGCAGGCUGCUACCCGGCCAUUUCUCAGCUUUUGAACCACAACAUUUCUGCCACGAUAUCACCGGUGCUCACGACCUCCACCAUCAGUCACGCACCAAACAACUUCAUCGAGAGAAGAUCCACUCAGCUGGUCGGCACACAGCACAACCCCCCCUACCCAGUGUAUGUGCACUGCCAGAAGGAAGCGCUUUCCUUACAGCACAAGCAAGACGCUUCGCAAUUCCCGCUCGCGUUUGGCUUUGCGGACCAGUGCAAUCAGAGCUCCGUUGGCUUGGACACUGGUCAGGUUUGUGGCGUCUUUCCCAGUUGCUCGAUCGCGAGUAAGGAGGUCGCCACCGUGCCCCUGGUCACGACCUGCAGCGGCGGCGUGCUGCUGGCGACCCAGGCCCCCCUCCAGAGCGGUUUUGGCAAGACCACAGCGACCUUCACUGACCCUGCGAGAAUGUUUCAGAAUUUUCAAAGUGUAGACUUCCCCAAGAUGUUUUCCAUGCAUCCCUCCUCUGUGGCCAACUUGGCACCCCACAUGGUGCUGGGUUCUGUUAAGAACACAGUCGUCAAUUUGCCACCGAUACAGUCGACAUCGUUUUCAAGAAAAUAUCCCAUGCAUUACCCAUAUCAGAAUUCUCCCGCUUUCAGUAACCCCUUGCCUAAUACGCAAGAAGAUACAAGGGCCUUAUACUUAGACAAAAGCAGACCGUACGACCAUCACACGAACAUGGCUAGUUCUCUGGCAUGCAGCCCUGCUCUGUCCUCAUCGCAGCAGGACUUCCGAGAGAAACACAUUUCCGCCAGACCAUUGGAAAAGCCACCAAAGCUUGUACAUGUUCAAUAUUCUGACAGGUCCCCUGAAGUGUCAAACUCUGUAAUAAAGCAGAGAAGUGUGCGUCAUCAAAGCAGGGUUCACUCCGUGAAUUCUUUGUUGGCUUGUUCAAGAGAGAAACAGCUCAAGGGUGAAGUGCUUCCGAAAGUGGAGGCUGGCCAUGCGCAUUGGCCUCCAAGGUCAUCGACAGUUCAGUCCCAAGCAAUCGUCAGGAACAGAGAUCCAAACGUGCCGAAGAAAACGUCUUCGGGCUCUUUUUCCGAACAGCAACAACCGCACGCGCAGUCCUUCUGCCAGUCGACACGCGACGCGCCGGAGCAACUUCUGAUCCAUCCCCUGAACACCUCUCCCACGACGGCUGUUCCCAGGACCGUCUGUCAAGACGCCUCGUUGCCACGCAUAAAGUGGGCUUGGAGCGACAACGCCGUGUCAAACUGCGGCCCUUACGCAAACUUGCCGGUCAUCAGCCGAGUCUACAGUUGGGGAGCCGUUCAGAACACCGCGAGCCAUGUCGAUGAAAAGCAGGUCGAUGGAAACAAACUUUCUCAUGCACACCCAACGAAGGAGCAUCCAAACAUAAUGUUCGGUCACGUCUUGCAGCAACCGCAAAGCGGCACGCGGCCGGGCGUUAAGGAUAUCGUUCAAGGUUCCGUGAGGUCAACCAAGCAUGCUUCUACCUCUUCGACAGGGCCAGUCAUUCGUGACGUCUUCAGUCUCUCGCCGGAGUUGGUGAGUCCCGUGACGACGGAUGCGCGAUCGACCGGCAAUCGUUUGUUCACUUCGUGCGGUGAAAAUGAAGCCAAAACGAGAGACAGGCACAGGGAGGAUCAAGAGCAGAGGGCGCAUUCAAAGCAUAAAGAAGAGCACAGGAAAGCCAAAAGUCAACAGACGGACAAGUGUGUUGCACAGCAGAAGGUCUCUUCGAUCUUGGAGUUUGAAAAAACUGUGAAGAAGAUGACCGAGCAAAUCACUUCACCUGAAAUACAAACCACAGCUCUGAACUCAAAAAAGAGCCAAGCCAGCGAUGUGGCUGUGAAGAAGCCCGAGAGAGAACAGAGCGAGCCGAUGCGAUCGGACGGCUCGCCGCUGAGUAAAACUCUGAACAGGAUUAUGUCCUCGUUUGUCACGGAAUCUACCGCAGAGCGCAUUUCCUGUCAAGCGCCUUGUGCACUGAACUCUUUGCCUCCGAAGAGGCGAAAAGAGUGGAUUAUAAAUACUCAUGCUGCCUGCAUCGAAAAGGAUUACAGCAACGUGCAACAUCUUGUUCAGCAAGAGGCAUAUCAAAAGAAUGAAAAACAUUCGUUCGGACAUGGGCAAAGUCCCGUAAACAAUCCACCCACCACGUUAUCUUUACAUUCAUUAAAACAAGAAGUGUCCACGCCAGGGCACCUACCAUCGCCAACGUCGAUGUCUGCUGGACCUGUUACCAAGAAAGAAAUGACAGUGUCGAGAACGGUUGGUUUAAAAGAAUACGCAAAUGUUGAGCUGGUAAUCCCACCCAUUAGCGAGUCCAUGAAAUAUUCUGCGAAACACGAAUCUUGCAAAAAACAUUUUGGUGAUAAACAACUGUUCCAGCCUCCGUACAAACAUCUGGGUCCGAGUACAAAACUAGCAGGAGCAGAAGUUGCAACUGCCUCGGCAUCUAUGCUUCUGCAAAGCAAAAAAGAGGAACCAGGCAUGGCCAAUAUAAGUGUCCGGAAAAACUCUGUCAUAGACCAAUGCGUAGUGGAGAAGAUGGAUCAUAGCAACAGCAGUUUGCACACGCAUGUUCCCCACUUUCAGACCGUACUUGUCAGCAACUUAGACCAUCAGCUCUGUGGACAGAAUACUGAGCAAAAUGAGUUGCCCGUUGACCUUACAGUGGAGAAGAUCGGAAAGCGUGAGAUCUUGGACCUAAGCAAGUUAAAAAGCUGUAAAGAGUACGUGCUGCACACUUCAGAAAAGGAACUGGAUUAUGAAUGUGCUGAGAAGACUGAAAUAGAAUGUAUGAGCGUUAAUGUGCCUGAGCAAAGUAGUGGCGAUGUACAUUUGGAAGAUGUUGUGCCAAGAACAUGUCCACAGAAAGAAGGACCUCGUACAGCCUUAGAAAAGCGAAGUGAUAAAGUGUUGCCAAAUGAACUUGAAUGUUCGGAAAGUGCCCUAUCAAUAAAAAGCAAAGCUUCGGUAAACAUCGAACGUUGCAGCCCGGAUAGCAGCACCAAUGUAGACAUGGUAUCUGCGUACAACCAAGCAGGCGGUGGUAACAGUCAGUUGAGCGUGGACUCUAAACCAGAAGGUCACCUGCACAAACAUCUGCUAAACCUACAUCAGCUUCUGAGCGAAAUGGUCGAAAAGUCCGCGGCCAGCAGUAGCCACAAUCUUCAGCAGGCCUUUCAACAUCUAAGGCACGGCCCCAAGCGGGGGCAAACAGUUUCUCACGUCUCGGAGAGCAAACCCACCGGGGAGGCGUCGUACGUUACAAAGCACGGAGGAGGUGGCGGUGGCGGCACAAAGCGGGGAUCAAACUCGCAUUCCGUGGCGCAGACGAGCAGCCGAUCUGCAGAAAUCCACGAGCACGCGUCCAGCACCACAAAAGAAAUGUUCCUCAAAAACAUCUCGAUUCAAACCCGCCUCGAAGAAUUUGCACGCGAACUGCAGACUCUGGUCUCUAAGAGCCUUUGCCCCUUCCCGUCCGUGGCUCGAUUGGAGAGGAUUUUCAUUCCGGUCUCGGCCCUGCAAGAGAAACUCUUUCCCGGCCUUUCUGAGCUCGUCAUCCUCAACGUCUUUAAGUGCUGCAAGGUGGUCCUCAGACCGGCAACUCUCAGGGAAGAAAAAAUGCUUGGGGCAGUGUGUUGUUCAGAGAAUACGCAGGAAACGGGCUCGUUCACUCUCUUCCCGUUUGACAAGCUGAAGGAAGUCUACCCAGAGCUCCUGUACUGUUGCUGGCUGGAGAAAAUGAAGAAAUGUAUUGAUCAAAACAAUGAAGCGACCGAGUUGGAAAAGAACCCUGUUGAUUCUACAGAAAACGGAGGGGGAGACCGUGCAGCAGAGGCGACAAACGAGUUAUGUGAGAGAGUCUGCUCCUCGCAGGACUCUCACCAGGAAGACCGUGGUGCCACCACCAAGGCACAGUGCCUCUUUGUGGAAAAUCCCCAAACGUCACCGGCGGGCGCGGAAGAGGAGCCCUCCGUGGGCGAAGCCGCGGGUAGCGACAUCGCCGAGUCGGCCGUUGUGACGAACGAUUCUAAUCCGUGCGAGCAGACGGGCCCUGCUGACGAAAACGCGGAACGCUCCAGAGGAGCGGCAGUGGACAGCGCUCGGAGUGGAAGUGACGCCAAUCUGGAAUGCACGCCGUUGAUCGCUCCUUCUCCCCGAGAGGAUCCGCAUUCCACCACGACCGACGUGUCGUCCGACUCUGCAGCCACCUAUCCGGUUAUUUCAUCGUCCGAUGUAAAGGAUGCAAACGUAUUAUUGUCGUCGCCUCCGAGAUACGAGCCUGAGAAUUCCGGCACGAUCCAGCACUCUGCUGAUGACGUGCAUUGCUCCAUAGCUGUAGAAUCCGAGAAUACAAUUGAAGAGAAUAACAAACCGCUUGAAGUUAAAAGGUCUAAAUACGUUCACGGUGUCAAACAACGACUUCACAAAAGGUCGAGUCCAAGGUUGCUAAAAGAGUCUGUUGGAACUGAUAAACACCAACAGGCAUCGGACACAUUUCUGAGCAAAAACGAGGUAUGCAAGUCGGAGGACAAAGCGAGUAAGAGACGUGUUCCGCUGCUGAAACUGAAGGGGGACAUGACAACUUCCAUUGUGAUGGCAACACCUGAGGACGAGAGUGAGGCUUCAAAAGUAAAGUUGGCGACCACUGAACAAACCUCGGGUCACCCAGUGGUGAAGAGGAAAACGGUGCCACCUUUAAUAAUACGAAGCCAUCAUCAGGCACACGAAGUUAGGACUCGGCUCAAGAGCCCAUUGAGGGUUGCGCGGAAAGAAAAAACGUUUUCCACGAGUGCCGGUCAACUUGAGAACAAGGCUGUAGAUACGCAAGAGCGAGAGUUUGAAGCGUUGGAGGUUGUCCGUGACACUGAGGUGCCAUUUGAAGAAACCGCUUUUGACGAUGUAAAUCCUGCCAUGGGUUCAGAAACCAAGGACCAAAAGCACGUGGCUGAGAAAAAGCUGAAAAAGCAGACGCCAGCAUUACGCAGGUCUCUGAGGCAGAAGACGUCCGGCAUUCAACUCAGGUCGCAGAGAGGCGCGAGUUCGGAACGACGUCUCGUCCAGGUGGUGCCUGGGAAGAAAAGCAGAUGCAAGCGCAAAGGCGACCGAAGCGAGAUUUCCCCGAAACUUUCGCGCGGCAGACAACGGGCGUGCGGAAACGCGGACGGGGGCAAACGAGAGGAGGAGCCCCCGAGCGACAAGAAGACGGGCGGAGACUUGUACCCAGACCUGGUGGGCAGGCGCGUGCUGCACCUCUACGACGACGAGGACACGGAGAGGUGGUACCAGGGGGUGGUGACGCAGCUGUACGAGGAGCACGACGACCCCCUGGAGGCCAUCUACGUCGUCACGUACGACAGCGAACCCGGGUGGCAGUAUUAUCUGGAGCUUCUGCAAGACUACCGGAAAGGCUGGUUGAAGCUCGUCGACUAG